AUGAAGAUGUUGUGCAUUCUUGUGGUUCUAGGAAUUUUUUGCAUUGGAUAUGUGCGCAGCAUGGACACAAUAUUUGCAAACAAUGAGCUAGGAUAUCUGUACAGUGAGGGGAAAGAAGGAUACGUGUAUAAUACACCAGUCACAGGAGAGGGAAAUAUAAAAAGUGUCCUUGCCAUAUCAGAAAGAGUUGACGAAGUCACUCCGUUAAAAGUGAUAAGAAGGGAGUUCAAGGACAUUACAUACCACAUUAUAGCUGCUCCUGAGGAACUGUGCAGUUCUGCAGGGGACAGCCCCCAAAACACAGCAGCGUGCGUGUUUAGCUACAACAAAAACCUUGGGAAUAGAACUGGCUUGGUUCUAGCCUACGAAAGGCCCAGCUUCAACAACUAUUUUAUGUUUUCGCUCCCACUGACAAAUGACACUAAUGGAUUCCAGAUAUACAACCAAGGCCAGUGUGUUACUAUAGAUUCCAUGGGAGCACUAGAUCUUGCUGAGUGCAUUGACGCAGACUCACUUUCUAGGCAGAUGCAGAUUUUUAGAUGGGUAGACAAGAAGUGGUAUGACCGCGGAAUGGCACGAAGAAAUUCACCAAAUCCAAAAUAA